AUGGCAAACCUGCAGAAUUCUCUCUUGGAUCACUCAAUCCUCAUCUGUGUGAGCACUCUGCUGUUGUCAAUUGUGUUUGGAUCAUGCGCUAGUGAUCACACAUUGAGCAGCAGGACUGUUGCCUUAUUCACUUUUGGUGACUCAACUGUAGAUCCUGGGAACAACAAUUACAUCAACACCAUUCCUGAGAACCAAGCACAUUACAAGCCGUAUGGGCAGAACGGCUUCUUCGAACACCCCACGGGACGCUUUUCUGACGGUCGUAUCAUCGUAGAUUACAUAGCGGACUACGCAAAGCUGCCACUGAUCCCUCCAUUUUUACAACCUUCUGCUGAUUACACAAAUGGUGUUAACUUUGCAUCUGCUGGGGCUGGCGUCCUUCCUGAAACCAAUCAAGGAUUGGUGAUUGAUCUUCAGACACAAUUGAAAAACUUUGAAGAGGUGCAGAAAUCACUAACAGAAAAGUUUGGAGAAGUGAAAGCAAAGGAAGUGAUAUCAGAAGCAGUUUAUUUCAUUAGUAUUGGGAGCAAUGAUUACAUGGGUGGUUAUUUGGCCAACCCAAAAAUGCAAGAACAAUAUGACCCUGAACAAUAUGUGGGGAUGGUCAUUGGAAACUUGACGCAGGCAAUCCAAGUGUUGUAUGGGAAAGGGGGUAGAAAAUUUGCUUUCCUAAGGUUGUGUCCACUUGGUUGCUUGCCUGCCUUUAGAGCUCUGAACCACAAAGCCAGUGGAGGGGGUUGCUUUGAAGCAGCUUCUGCCCUUGCUCUAGCACAUAACAAUGCUUUAAAAACUGUGCUCACAAGCCUUGAAUAUAUGCUCAAACAGUUCAAGUACAGCACCUCCAAUUUUUAUGAUUGGCUCCAGGACAGAAUAGAUAAUCCCUACAAACAUGGUUACAAGGAUGGAGUGAAUGCUUGCUGUGGGACUGGACCCUAUGGGGGCAUCUUCACCUGCGGAGGCACAAAGGACGUUAAAGAUUACCAAUUAUGUGAAAAUGCUGAUGAUUAUGUAUGGUGGGAUUCUUUUCACCCCACUGAGAGGAUCCAUGAGCAGCUUGCAGAGGCCCUCUGGAAUGGGGCCCCUUCCUCUGUAGGGCCAUACAACCUAGAAGAGCUCUUCUCAGUUGAUGAGGAGAAGCUCACUAUUGGCUAUAUGGUUGAUGACCCAGAAGCACAAGAUCACUUUUCACUUCUAAAAUAG